CUCACGAUCUACGCUGACAAUGAGAUGCACAUGCACAUGGUGUUCCGACAAAUUAUUAUUUUAUCGAUUAUUCGAAUGCGAGAAAUUUAAAUAUUAAACGCAAGAGAUCGAAGGAGGAUCAGAGAGGAAUGAAUUAUUUGAACGUGUUCUUCUAUGUUUGAUUGCUGAGUGAAUUCAGUUCCUAUCUGGUGCCAGUAAAGUCAAGACAAAAGGAAGAGUGCUCCUACUUGCGUCAAAUUAUCUCCAAAACUCCGAAUCUGUUUGACACCUGAACAACGACUACAAAAAGGCGACGAAGCUAUCUUCCCCGAUCAAAUUCGAACACGAGAGGCGACGCUAUGAAUUUCAGGAAGUGCGAAAACGACACCAAUAAUGACCAAGAAAACAAUAUCGAAGGUGUCAGCGCAUUACCAGGACCCAGCAGGAAUGAUAUGACUUCUAAUGCCGCAACAUUACAAUUAUUGCCAACCAUAAAUUACUCGGCAUAUUAUAAUAUGAGUCAUUCUAAACGUGGUAUAGCUUUAAUCUUUGUUAUUGAAGAUAGCGUUGUUACACGUUAUUUUAAUUAUUACGGUUUGACAAAAAAUCUGGAUUACAUAAAGCUUCGUAAUACACUAAGACAGCUCGAAUUUGAUGUACGGAGUUAUAAUUGUAAUGAUGAGGACAUAAUAAAAAUAUUAGAAGCAGUUGCGAACGAGGAUCAUUCUGAAAAUGAUUGUUUGAUGACAGUCAUGUUAUACUAUGGCACAUGCGAAUAUCUCUGUUCGCGCAACACUUAUUAUAAUUCUUGUAAAGUAGAACCUUUCUAUAAUCACUUUACUGCCGAUAAAUGUCCAACUCUAGCCGGAAAACCUAAACUAUUUUUCAUUCAAAUUUGCCAACUUGGUAAACAUAACGAAAUGUUUUAUCCCUUAGAACUGAUUUCAAGCGGAUUCUCAAACACAUUUCGUAUUGAAGUUGACUUUUUGUUUGUCUACACAUUUGUCAUAGAUUGCCCUUCUUGGAUCACUACACGCCACACAUAUUUUAUAGAAGGCUUGUGCUAUCAAUUAUCCGUAAAUAGAAAUCGUUGCGAUUUGUUAACUUUGUUGACAUUUGUAUGCGAGUAUGUUACAAAAUUCAUUAAAUUCAGCACAGUAUUAAAGCCUUGUGUGAUUGUGAAAGAAAAGAUUCCAUACAUCAUUUCUAUGCUUACACGCUUGGUACAAUUUACUCCAAAAAUAUUGGAAUAAUAUAUUGUGUGUGAGUACGCUUGUUUGUGUGUGUGUAUAUGUAU